GAGGUGACCGGGCUGAAGGUGAGGGGAAGGAGAAUGGAAUUUAAUUUGAAUCAAGAGGGAGUACCUAGACCAUCUUAUGUUUUUAGUGCCGAUCCACUUGAAAGGCCUUCAGAAGUAAAUCUUGAUGGCGUUAAGCUUGAUCUGUCUCAUGAAUUUUCCUUAGUUGCUCCAAACACUGAAGCAAACAGUUUGGAAUGUAAAGAUUACCUCCAAGUUUGUCUUCGAGUAAGACCAUUCACACAGUCAGAAAAGGAACAAGAGUCUGAGGGCUGUGUGCAUAUUCUGGAUUCACAGACUGUUUUACUAAAAGAUCCUCAAAGCAUCCUUGGUCGUUUAAGUGAGAAAAGCUCUGGGCAGAUGGCACAGAAAUUCAGUUUUUCCAAGGUUUUUGGUCCAGCAACUACACAGAAGGAAUUCUUUCAGGGUUGCAUUAUGCAGCCAGUGAAAGACCUCUUGAAAGGACAGAGUCGCCUGAUUUUUACUUAUGGACUAACCAAUUCAGGAAAAACAUAUACAUUUCAAGGUACAGAAGAAAAUAUUGGCAUUCUGCCUCGAAGUUUAAAUGUGUUAUUUGAUAGUCUUCAGGAAAGACUGUAUACCAAGAUGAACCUUAAACCGCAUAGAUCCAGAGAAUACUUACGGUUAUCACCAGAACAAGAGAAAGAAGAAAUUGCUAGCAAAAGUGCAUUGCUUCGACAAACUAAAGAGGUUGUUAUGUAUGAUGACAGUUAUGACACUCUUUUUGGAAGUUUAACAAACUCUUUGAAUAUCACAGAGUUUGAAGAAUCCAUGAAAGAUUGUGAACAAGCUAGCUUGAAUAUGGAUAAUAAUAUAAAAUUUUCUGUGUGGAUUUCUUUCUUUGAGAUUUACAAUGAAUGUAUUUAUGACUUGUUUGUUCCUGUGUCAUCUAAGUUUCAAAAGAGAAAGAUGCUACGCCUUUCCCAAGAUGUAAAGGGCUAUUCUUUUAUAAAAGAUCUGCAGUGGAUUCAAGUGUCUGAUUCCAAAGAAGCCUAUAGACUUUUAAAACUAGGAAUAAAACACAAAAGUGUUGCCUUCACAAAACUGAACAAUGCUUCUAGUAGAAGUCACAGCAUAUUCACUAUUAGAAUAUUACAGAUUGAAGACUCUGAAAUGCCUCGUGUAAUUCGAGUCAAUGAGUUAUCUUUAUGCGAUCUUGCUGGUUCAGAACGAAGUAUGAAGACACAGAAUGAAGGUGAAAGGUUACGAGAGACUGGGAACAUCAACACUUCUUUACUGACCCUGGGAAAGUGCAUCAGUGUUUUGAAGAACAGUGAAAAGUCAAAGUUUCAACAGCAUGUGCCUUUUCGGGAAAGUAAACUGACCCACUAUUUUCAAAGUUUUUUUAAUGGUAAAGGAAAAGUAUGUAUGAUUGUCAACAUCAGCCAGUGUUGUUUUGCCUAUGAUGAAACACUUAAUGUGUUGAAGUUCUCAGCCAUUGCACAAAAAGUUUAUCUCCCAGAUACUUUAAAUUCCUCUCAAGAGAAGUCAUUUGGAUCUGUCAAGUCUUCUCAGGAUGUAUCACUAGACAGUAAUUCAGGCAAUAAAACAUUAAAUGUAAAAAGAGCCACCAUUUCAUGGGAGAAUAGUCUAGAAGAUUUGAAGGAAGAUGAGGAUUUGGUUGAGGAGCUAGAAAACGCUGACAAAAACCAAAAUGUAGAAAAUGAACUUAUUGAUGAAGAUCUAGAGAAAACGCUAGAGGAAGAUAAGGCUUUCAUUGGCCAUAAGGAGAACAGAAAGCUAUUGGAUUUAAUAGAAGACUUGAAGAAAAAACUAAUAAAUGAAAAAAAAGACAAGUUAACACUGGAAUUUAAAAUUCGAGACGAAGUUACACGGGAGUUCACUCAGUAUUGGACUCAACGAGAAGCUGACUUUAAGGAAACUCUGCUUCAGGAACGAGAGAUAUUAGAAGAAAAUGCUGAAUGUCGUUUGGCUAUCUUCAAGGAUUUGAUUGGUAAAUCUGACACUCGAGAAGAACCAACAAAUGAAGUUUGUGCUAUGAAAGUUGGAACUAAAGAAGCACAUAAUUAUGUAGAAUUUGAAGAUAUUAUUGAUUCUCUUCAAGAUAAUGUCGCUGAUAUUAAGAAACAGGCUGAAAUUGCUCACUUAUAUAUUGCAUCUCUUGCUGACCCCCAGGAAGCUAUUGCUUGUUUAGAACUAAAGUUUAAUCAAGUUAAAGCUGAGUUAGCUAAAACCAAAGAAGAAUUAAUCAAAACCAAAGAAGAGUUAAAAAAGAAAGAAAAUGAAUCAGAUUCAUUGGUUCAAGAACGCCAGACAUCUAAUAAGAAAAUAAUUAUGCAGAAUCAAAGAAUUCAAGAAUUGAUGGAUAUAAUUGAUCAAAAAGAGGGUAUCAUCAACAAAUUUCAGAACCUAGAGCCGCAUACAGAAAACACAUUUGAAGGCAAUGACAAGGCUGGUACAUCUCCUUUAAUAAUAGACAAUAAAUUGACUUAUAAUGAAACAGUUGAAGUGCCUAAGGGCAGCAAAACUCAGACCUGUUCAGAAAGGAAAAGAUUAAAUGAAGAUGAACUUCAACAAGAUGAACCACCAGCAAAGAAAGGACCUAUACAUGUUAGUUCAAUUAUCACUGAAGACAAAAAGAAAAGUAGAGAAAUACAACAGAGCAUUUCAGAAGAUGGGGAAGACAUUACGGUUUUACAAGAAAAUAAUGAAGGGCGGAAAACACUUCUUGUUGAGAAUGAACUUAAAAAUGAAAAGAAAGAAAAAGCUGAAUUAAAUAAACAUAUUAUUAGUCUGCAGCAGGAACUCUCUGUUGCUGAAACAAAGAACUUAACAUUAUGUAUAGAGGUCCAAAAAAUUCAGUCAAAUUAUGACAGUGCAAUUGCUGAAUUACAUGUGCAGAAAGGUAAAAAUCAAGAACAGGAGGAAAUGAUUAUGAAAUUGUCAAAGGAGGUAGAAACUGCUACAAGUAGCAUUACAAAUAAUGUUUCAAAAAUAAAAUUAAUGCAGACAAAAAUAGAUGAACUCCGUACACUUGAUUCAGUCUCUCAAAUCUCAAACAUAGAUUUAUUCAGUCUCAGGGAUGUAUCAAGUAGUUCUCAGGAGAAUAAUUUGCCAAAUACACAGUUACACCUUGUAGGCAGUGAUUAUUUGGUAAAAAAGCCAGAUAAAGAAUAUUAUGUUCAGAAUCUUGGUAGAGAAAAUUCUUUUCACUCUAGUAUUGAAGCCAUUUGGGAAGAAUGUAAGGAGAUUGUGAAGGCGUCCUCCAAAAAAAGUCAGCAGAUCCAGGAACUGGAACAGCAAAUUGAAAAAUUACAGACAGAAGUAAAAAACUGUAAGGAUGAAAACAAUAGACUAACAGUAGAAGAAAGGGAUCAUAAUAAUCAAGAUGACCUUCUAAAAGAGAAAGAAAGUCUUAUACAGCAGCUGAAAGAAGAGUUGCAAGAAAAAAAUAUUAGUCUUGAUGUUCAAGUACAGCUUGUAGUUGAAGGAAAGAGAGCACUUUCAGAACUUGCACAAGAUGUUACUUGCUAUAAGGCAAAAAUAAAGGAACUUGAAACAAUCAUAGAGACUCAGAAAGAUGAAUGUGGGCAUUCAGCCAAACUAGAACAAGACAUUUUGGAAAAGGAAUCUGUCAUUUUAAAGUUAGAAAGAAAUCUGAAGGAAUUUCAAUCAGAUCUUCAGGAUUCUAUCCAAAACAGCAAACAUUUAAAUGAAAAGGAAGUUAAGUUGAAAGAAGAAAUUACACGAUUAACAAAUAAUUUGCAAGAUGUGAGGCAUUCACUUCAGUUAAGGGAAGAAGAAAAAGAAAUCAACAAGCAAGAAACAGACAAAUUGAAGGAGCAGCUCUCUGCAAGCUCUGCUCUUACCCAGGAUUUGAAAGCAGAUCUUCAGAGGAAGGAAGAAGAUUAUGCUGAGCUGAAGGAGAAGCUGACUGAUGCCAAAAAGCAGAUUGAGCAAGUACAGAAAGAGGUAUCCAUAAUGCGUGAUGAAGAUAAAUUACUGAGGAUUAAAAUUAAUGAACUGGAGAGAAAGAAAAACCAGUGUUAUCAGGAAAUAGAUAUGAAACAGCGAACUAUUCAGCAACUCAAGGAGCAGUUAAGUAAUCAGCAAGUGGAAGAAGCUAUACAACAGUAUGAGAGAGUGUGUAAAGAGCUAAAUGUUAAAGAGAAAAUAAUUGAAGACAUGCGAAUGACAAUGGAAGAACAAGAACAAACUCAGGUAGAACAAGAUUGUGCGCUUGAGGCUAAAUUGGAGGAAGUUGAAAGAUUGGACACAGAAUUGGAAAAAUGGAAGGAAAAGUACAAAGAUUUGGAAACCAAAAAUAAUCAGGGGUCAAGUAAUGAACUUGAAGACAGCACAGAUGUACUUAUUAAAAAACUCAGUAAUCUUCAGGACAAGUUACAGGAGUGUGAACAGAAAUAUAAAGCUGAUAGAAAUAAAUGGUUAGAAGACAAAAUGAUGCUUCUUACUCAGGCAAAAGAAGCAGAGAAUCUACGAAACAAGGAGAUGAAAAAAUAUGCUGAAGACAGGGAGCGUUUUUUAAAGCAACAAAAUGAAGUGGAAAAACUGACAGCACAGUUGGCAGAGAAAGAUAAUGACCUUCAAAAGUGGCGAGAAGAACGGGAUCAGCUGGUUGCAGCUUUAGAUUUGCAGCUGAAAGCACUGAUCUCCAGCAGCAUACAAAAAGAUAAUGAAAUUGAACAAUUAAAAAAGGUCACAUCAGAGACUUCCAAAACAGAAACACAAACCAUGAUUAUUAAGCCCAUACAUAUUAGUUCAACCGAUCUUGGCAAACUCGAAACUGAAACUCAUUCAACAAGUUUGGAAAUUUCCAAGAAUGAAGUAGAGGAUGGAUCUGUGGUCCUUGACUCUUGUGAAGUGUCAACAGAAAAUGAUCAAAGUUCUCGAUUUCCAAAACCUGAGUUAGAGAUUCAGUUUACACCUUUACGGCCAAACCAAAUGGCAGUGAAGCACUCUGGUUGUACCAUACCAGUGACAGUUAAGAUUUCCAAGGCCCGGAAGAGGAAGAGUAAUGAAAUGGAGGAGGACUUGGUGAAAUGUGAAAAUAAAAAGAAUGCUACACCCAGAACUAAUUUGAAGUUCUCUCUCUUGGAGUAUAGCAACUCUUCUGGCAAAAAGGAGCAACAGGUUUCAACACGCCCCUCAUCAAAGAAAACAUAUUCUUUACGGAGUCAGGCAUCCACAAUUAGUGUAAAUUUGGCCACUAAGAAAAAGGAAGGAACGCUACAGAAAUUUGGAGAGUUCUUACAAAGUUCUCCAACAAUUCUUCAAUCAAAAGCAAAGAAGAUAAUUGAAACAAUGAGCUCUUCAAAGCUCUCAAAUGUAGAGGCAAGUAAAGAAAAUGUGUCUCGACCAAAACGAUCCAAACGGAAAUUAUACACAAAUGAAAUUUCAUCUCCUAUUAACAUAUCAGGCCAAGUGAUUUUAACAGAAGAGAAAAUGAAGGAGAGUGAUCACCAGAUUCUCAAACGACGACUUCGAAUGAAAACAGCCAAAUAAAUCACCUGUGGAAAAUGUUUUAAUAUAAAUUUUAUAGCCAUAAUUAUUGUAACUUACAUCCUGACUUUGUAAAGAUAAUUGUAUAUAUUAUGAUGCACUAAAUUCCUCUGCAUAUGGACUGCUGUUUUAUACAUAGUAUAAUUUUAGUUCAAUAAAUAAAUCAAUAAUCUA